GCAUGCUACGUCCGACUUCGUUCUGAUCACUUCCUGUCUAUAUCUAGGGUCUGAACGGAGACACACCCUCUUUUUCUAUCCCUGCCAUGAUUUUUUUUAAAAUGCUCCGCGUUGCAUUCUACAGUUGCUCCCUCUCUCUGUGGCUCAAGCCUAUUUAGCGUUGUAGCCCGAGUUUUCUUUUCCCAACAAAAAGAGGCAGUGGGAAGAUGUCGGGUCGUUUUGCUCGAUGGAGAGCUCCACUUCCGCUCUUCGUGCUGGGGCCUUUCUAGUUUCCCGAGCUGAGGGCAGCUCUUUGGUGCCACAGACUAUGGCUGAGGGAGACGGUCUCAUUUCAGUGGACUAUGAAGUGUUUGGGAAAGUCCAAGGGGUGUUUUUCCGCAAAAACACACAGGCUCAAGGAAAGAAGUUGGGUGUGGUUGGCUGGGUCCAGAAUACUGACUAUGGCACUGUGCAAGGGCAAAUCCAAGGUCCUACUGUCAAGGUGCGACAGCUUCAAGAAUGGCUUCAGAAGACUGGAAGUCCCAAGUCCCGCAUUGAUAGAGCUGAAUUCCGCAAUGAGAAGGAGAUUGCUUGUUUAGACCAUAGUAACUUUUGCAUUGUCAAAUAACAAGACCUCAGGGGAGAAAGCACUAUAUUUAUGGAAAGCACCAUAAGCUCAUCUGGAAGAAAACUUUCUCUUUAGUUUUCAUUGUCUAUUAAUUGUUCACAUGCAGAUUUGUUCAUUUUUAACUAUUUACAUUAUUUAUUUACAUUGUGAUUACAUUGAAUGUUCUAAGAAUUUGACAUGUUAAUAUAGUUGUUAAUAAAGUUACUGUUUGGGUAUAUCAUGUUCAAGGAUACGUAGAAAAACAGGUGGAGUGAGCUAUGUUGUGGGUUUUGUUCAGGGUGUGUUUGUUUGGCUGUGGGUGUUGAUUUUUAGCUUCCACACCAAAUAAAUAAUGUUUUUUUGUUGUA